GGAGAGGCCUGAUUCUGCUCGUCUGAUCUUGCCCACACGUCCCUGGCGUUGGUGGCGUCAAGUAACGUCAUUCGAGCUCCAGUAGCGCCGCUUUAAGCGUCUCGGGUGGCGGGAACGGGAAGCAGUUCGGAUUGUCGCGCCUCUGCUCUGGUGAGGCAAGUGCUAUCAGACCUCCCAGCUCCAGUUCUUGCACCCGAGCAGUCCUGUGGAGUCCUGCCGUUCAUCCUCUGCCGCCGUCUCGAGCCUGUUGGCGCCUCAGAGCCGCAGCCCGAUCUCGAACGCCUCAGCGCUCCAACCAUUAGUUGCGAUGCAUGUGAUCAAGCGAGAUGGUCGCCAGGAACGGGUCAUGUUUGACAAAAUUACAUCCAGAAUUCAGAAGCUUUGUUAUGGACUCAAUAUGGACUUUGUUGAUCCUGCUCAGAUCACCAUGAAAGUAAUCCAGGGCUUAUACAGUGGGGUCACCACAGUGGAACUGGAUACUUUGGCUGCUGAAACAGCUGCAACCUUGACUACUAAGCACCCCGACUAUGCCAUUUUGGCGGCAAGGAUUGCUGUCUCUAACUUGCACAAAGAAACAAAGAAAGUGUUCAGUGAUGUGAUGGAGGACCUCUUCAACUACAUAAAUCCACAUAAUGGCAAGCAUUCUCCCAUGGUGGCCAAGUCAACACUGGAUAUUGUUUUGGCCAAUAAAGAUCGCCUGAAUUCUGCAAUUAUCUAUGACCGAGAUUUCUCUUACAAUUACUUUGGCUUUAAGACUCUGGAGCGGUCCUAUUUGUUGAAAAUCAAUGGAAAAGUGGCUGAAAGACCGCAACAUAUGUUGAUGAGGGUAUCUGUGGGAAUUCACAAAGAAGACAUAGAUGCUGCAAUUGAAACAUACAAUCUUCUCUCUGAGAGGUGGUUUACUCAUGCUUCUCCCACUCUCUUCAAUGCUGGUACCAACCGCCCACAGCUUUCAAGCUGUUUCCUUUUGAGUAUGAAAGAUGACAGCAUUGAAGGCAUUUAUGACACUCUGAAGCAAUGUGCAUUGAUUUCUAAAUCUGCUGGGGGAAUUGGUGUUGCUGUGAGUUGUAUUCGGGCUACCGGCAGCUACAUUGCUGGGACCAAUGGCAAUUCUAAUGGCCUUGUACCAAUGCUGAGAGUAUAUAACAACACAGCUCGAUAUGUUGAUCAAGGUGGAAACAAGCGUCCUGGGGCAUUUGCUAUUUACCUGGAGCCUUGGCAUUUAGACAUCUUUGAGUUUCUUGAUUUAAAGAAGAAUACAGGAAAGGAAGAGCAGCGUGCCAGGGAUCUUUUCUUUGCCCUUUGGAUUCCAGAUCUCUUCAUGAAACGAGUGGAGACUAAUCAGGACUGGUCUUUGAUGUGUCCAAAUGAGUGUCCUGGUCUGGAUGAGGUUUGGGGAGAGGAAUUUGAGAAGUUGUAUGAACGUUAUGAGAAACAAGGUCGUGUUCGCAAAGUUGUAAAAGCUCAGCAACUUUGGUACGCCAUUAUCGAGUCUCAGACAGAGACGGGUACCCCGUACAUGCUCUACAAAGAUUCCUGUAAUCGAAAGAGCAACCAGCAGAACCUGGGAACAAUCAAAUGCAGCAACCUGUGCACAGAAAUAGUAGAAUAUACCAGCAAAGAUGAGGUUGCAGUUUGUAAUUUGGCUUCUUUGGCUCUUAAUAUGUAUGUCACAUCAGAACACACAUAUGACUUUAAGAAAUUGGCAGAAGUCACUAAAGUCAUUGUCCGAAAUUUGAAUAAAAUUAUUGAUAUAAACUACUACCCUGUCCCAGAGGCACACUUAUCAAAUAAACGUCAUCGCCCCAUUGGAAUUGGUGUACAAGGCCUGGCAGAUGCUUUUAUCCUGAUGAGAUAUCCUUUUGAGAGUCCAGAAGCCCAGUUACUAAAUAAGCAAAUCUUUGAGACUAUUUAUUAUGGAGCCCUGGAAGCCAGCUGUGAUCUAGCCAAGGAGCAUGGUCCGUAUGAAACUUAUGAAGGCUCUCCAGUAAGCAAAGGAAUCCUUCAGUAUGAUAUGUGGAAUGUUACUCCCACAGACCUGUGGGACUGGAAACUUCUCAAGGAGAAGAUUGCAAAGUAUGGUGUAAGAAACAGUUUACUUAUUGCCCCAAUGCCUACUGCUUCAACUGCUCAGAUCUUGGGGAAUAAUGAGUCCAUUGAACCUUAUACCAGUAACAUCUACACUCGAAGAGUCUUGUCAGGAGAAUUUCAGAUUGUAAAUCCUCACUUACUGAAAGAUCUUACGGAGCGGGGCUUAUGGAAUGAAAAAAUGAAAAAUCAGAUUAUUGCAUGCAAUGGCUCUAUCCAGACCAUACUGGAAAUUCCUGAUGACCUGAAGCAACUUUAUAAGACAGUCUGGGAAAUCUCUCAGAAAACUGUACUCAAGAUGGCAGCUGAUAGAGGUGCUUUCAUUGAUCAAAGCCAGUCUUUGAACAUCCAUAUUGCUGAGCCUAACUAUGGCAAGCUCACCAGUAUGCACUUCUAUGGCUGGAAGCAGGGUUUGAAGACUGGGAUGUAUUAUUUAAGGACAAGACCUGCAGCUAAUCCUAUCCAGUUCACUCUAAAUAAGGAGAAACUGAAAGAUAAGGAAAAGGCAUCGAAGGAGGAAGAAGAGAAAGAGAGGAACACAGCAGCCAUGGUGUGCUCUUUGGAGAACAGAGAUGAAUGUCUGAUGUGUGGAUCCUGAAACAAGACUUAGAGGAAAACAGCGCAUCUCCCAUAGAAAAAAUACUUGAGCAUAGAUAGGCAUAGUGGUUUGCUUAAGAUUAAAUGGCUUUGCCGGAUCAUAUUGAAACAGAAGGAAUAAUUGAUUUAAAGUAUUGUUUCUAUAUAGUGGGAAUGAUUUGGAAAAGGAAAAACAAAAAACAAACAAAAAAACCCUGUAUAUUGGGAAUCAAAGUAGAAGUUUUAAAUGCAAAAGAAGUCAUCCUGGAAAUAGGAAGUGAUUUGGUAAGGCUCAUCACUUCUCUAGCAGUCCUUUUCUGAUGAUACCAGUUUGGGUAAGGAGACUUGAAUUUUGCUGCUUUUACUCGUGGAUUCCUAGAAGCAGAACUAAGUGGUAUUGUAUGAGAACUACCAAUAGGACCUUUAUCUAGAUAAAGUUCUAUAGGUCAUUCUGAAAUAAACUUUUUAAAGUAC